AAGAGGAAGGGCCAGUGGAUGGAGAAGGUCACACCUAUCUUCAUCGAAGAAGCCUUUAGCACAGACUCAAUACUUUAGAGCAAGACAACAAGGAAACUGAAUAUUCAUCUCAUCUCCAUCAAUUUAAAUCCAGCGGCAUGAUGAGUGGAGACCAACCGCCCCCAUAUGGUCCACCUCAGCCGGUUGGCGCUUCUGCACCAGGCUUCCCUUCAGCUUAUAACUCUGCAUUUCCUGGCACAUCUUAUCAGAGUUACCCACCUCAGACCUUCCCUGGUGGACAGCCUCCCUCAGUGUACCACGUGCAGCCGUCCAGUGCUUCCGGUCCAUUUAUGAACCAGCCAGGGUACCAGGGAUACAGCACCGAGCCUCAGGGGUCCUCAUACCCAUGGGAUGACAUCAAGUCUUAUGGAGAGCAACCAAAACACACAGUGUUUCUCCUGGAUAAGAACCGUGGUGGCACCAGCAUGGGAGGUGGUGCCGGCGGAGCAAUGAAGUCAUGCCUCUCUGCUUGUUCUGCCGCGCUGUGCUGCUGCUGCCUGUGGGACUUGUUGACCCAAAACUUCUGCUGACAACUCAACCUUCAUUUUUUUGCAUUUGGAAUCAUCACCCUUAUAGAAGGAAUGAAU